CUCUAUUGAAUGAGCUUAUCCGUGCGUAAGUCCAGCUGAGAGGCCAUCUUCAAGGGUAGCUGGUCAAGCGCAAACAGAUUUGAAUAUCAUAAAGAAUGCGGGUCAGUCUCCCGCGGGGAUAGUUCUGACUAGGCUUUGGGUCAUUUUUCAAUGAUACUGUUUACUGAUUUACUUUAGGCAUGUGAUCUUGGUCGAAGAUGGAGAUUACUACAAGGAUUUUGUUUUAUAAUUUGGAAUAUGGCAUAUAGAGGAACUUUAACUGAAUUGUUAAAAGCAACUCUCUUUCUUUUGAUGUUGUUCCGCCUCCACUAUUUCACUUACUGCCAGAAAAUUAAUAAUCUGACUUUUGACGAUGAUUUAUCUUUUACCAAUAAAAAUAGUUCCCACAAUCGAGUAAGAAGAAGAACGCAGGGAACUCAAAAUGGAAUCUUUUUUCCUAUUGCUAUGUACACAGUUCGUCAUCAUAAACCAACUAAUGAUAGGGGACGUGUAAAGCCUGAAACAUGGGAAUAUAGAGGUCAGUACUUUUACGGCUUUCGUCCCAGGCCGAACAGCAGCAGAAGACGUGCAGCUCGCAUCUUAGCUGCAGGAUUGCCUUUACUGCUGGCACCUCUGCUUAGCAUCAUUUUUUCCUUCCCUGUUGUUGUGCCUGUAGCUCAAAUGACAACCAUCACUGGUCCACUAGCUGGUGCCCCAAUCUACGGGAAAAAGAGAAAACGACGUGGUACCCAACGUUUUGGAAUGCCGCCACCUUCCGAUAAAGCAGCAAGAAUGAAAGAACUGGAAAUAGUUUCAAGCUACCUCCACCAGGUGGAAUAUGAUGAGAAACAACAAUCUCGUGUGAUGGUGAACUACUUGCAAUGCAAUGGUUUACUUGGUACAGAAGAUCAUUGCUUGGAAAGAUUAUCUUGUGAAUUUGGAGAUCCGGCCAACGAAGAUGCACCGGAACUUGAAAGAACAGUCACAUCCAUACUUUUAGGUCAUAUGUUGAACAAUGAAUUUAUCCCUCGUCCUUUCAAGAAGCGUCUGAAAGCAGCCGCAGUACAUGGACGAAGCAAUUCGGGACAAUGCAACAAAUACUUCUGUCAUUAUGUGGAUAACAACUGGGAUUACACAGCGACGUACCCUCAAUCCGGAAAUAUACCCCAUCCUAAUCACAGCUGAGUAAUAAUCCUACUGAAGCAAAUGUCUGCAACAAUAAUACAAAAGGAUAACGAUAAACAAUUGCAAAAAAUGUCUUAAUUCCUUGAAACCAUCAGAGAUCGUUGAAAUCGGACAUGAAAUUAUCUAGCAUUUGUUUGAGACAAUUUGUAAGCAUAUUAUUGAAGAUAUUUAAGUUGUUUGUUUUAAUCCAUAAACAUAAACUCAUCUUAGGUUAAUGAUAAGAAACCUGUUCACUGUCAUGUUUUUAUUUGGUUACGUACUUGAAUAAAUAUUUAAUGAUUUCUAAAUAUUUUGAAUUAUUUUUAGACAGAAUUAAAGUUAGAAAUUUGUUAUUAAAUACACUACUUAUAAUAAUAACAUAAUUCUUACAAUAGAUGUGUGAGAAUAAGCUGCUGUUGUUGAAGCAAAUAAAGUGUAACAAAUUAUUUUUUGAUAGCUAAAUAAAUUAAUGAUGGUUGUUUUUGUUGUUUCAUAAAAAUGACCAUAAAUAGUAAAUUUCUCCAGUAUUAGAAUCAAACGUAUUUAAAAAAUAAAGAUAACAACGUAACUCCACAUUAAUUAGUGAAUUAGAACAAAAUAUAAAAAAUGUGAGCUUUUCCAAA